AUGUUUAGUAAAAAAGAAAAUAGAAAUAUCAAGGAUGAAGUGCCAUUCCAAGAGAAUUACAUCAAAACUGAAGAUGAAUUAAAUAUAUCAACAGAGACGGAGUUGAAUUCACCAAUUUAUGAAGUUAAAAAUGAAAUUUCGGAACCAGAACAUGAAAGCCCAAACGAUCUUAAUGAAGGUCGGAAUGUUGAGACAAAUAAACGUCGAAAACAAGAUCAGUCAAAUCCUCAAUUUGUCUCUUGCAUUGUGUGUGAAAAAGUAUUAAAAAAUAAUCGUAUACUUUCAAUUCACUAUAAGAGAAUGCAUUCCGAUUCAAAAGUCUUUCAAUGUGACAUUUGUGGAAAAACUUGCGGAAGUAUGAAUAAUAUUGCUUUGCAUAUGAACACGCAUAAGAAAUAUAGAACAAAAGAUUUUCAAUGCCAUAUUUGUGAAAAUUAUUACUUCGACAAACAAUACCUUCAACAACAUAUAUCGAACGCUCAUAAUCCUAAAUUAGUUCCUUGUGAUAUUUGUGGAAAAUUAUUAAAGAAAAACUCACUCAAGGAGCAUCACAGGAUUAUGCAUUCAAUAAUUAAUUUAUUUCGUUGCGAUAUAUGUGGAAAAACGUUCAAAACCCGAGCCAACAUUGAUGCUCACAUGGUCACGCAUAAAAUUUUAAGAGUAAGAGACUUUCAUUGUAAAAUUUGUUUAGGUUCAUACUUCGAUGAGAAUGGACUUCGAAGCCAUAUGUUAAAAAAUCAUGAAAAACCAAAGCAUCUUACCUGUUCAUUAUGCAGAAUAACUUUUAGGACAGAAGAAGGGCUGAGAAAACAUAAGUUACUUCCUCACCGUGCACCUUGCAAGGUCUGUGGAAAAAUGCUUCGAAAGUAUGCACUCAAAGAACAUCUAAGAAGAGUGCAUUUCAAAAUUAAACCGUAUCAGUGUGAUAUUUGUGGAAAGAAACUAUAUAGAACAUCUCUUGCCAGUCACGUGACUACACAUAUUGGUUUGGAACACAGAACAAAAGAUCAUAAAUGCGACCUUUGUAAUAAAGCUUUUUUCGACAGGAUUAGAAUAAAAAAGCAUAUGAAACAUUGUCACAGAAAUUCAAAAUUUUCAUGCGAUUUGUGCAAAAGAACUUACACAAGCAAAUCUUACUUGAAGAAGCAUAGAUGUCCAAUGAAAGUAAAUAAAUGGUCAAAAAUUGACUGUGAUACGUGUGGUGAAGUUUUUCAAGGCCCAAAUGUAUACUUCAAACAUAUGAUUAAUAUUCACAAAAUCACUCCAGAUAAAAAACAACUUCUAAACACAGUUGCUUGUGAUGUUUGUGAAAAACGUUUCUUUACUAAACGAUCUCUACUAAAUCAUCAAAGUGCACAUGAAAAGAGAAUUUUCACUUGUGACUAUCCUGAAUGUCAGAAGAAAUUCUUAGAAAAAAAGAGUCUUAGAAGACAUACUUUAACCAUUCAUAAAAGUAUUCGUGAACCAUGUCCUGUUGGAAAUGGAUGCAAAUACUCAGCAGCAAGAAAAGAUUGCAUGACAAGACAUUUGAAGGAACACAAAAAACUUUCCCCUGGAGAGCUACAAAGUUAUCUCAAAUUAUUACGAACCAUGAAUCUUUUCUAG